AUUUGAGGGAAAACUGAAGAUUGAAAACAGCAAGAAUUCGGAACUUGCGUUACGUAAGACAACAGUCAGUGUGUGAACCAAACGGACGUAUCGUAGUAUUAUAUCAACACCUUGACAGUCAUGGUAUUUGUUUGUUGGUCAAGUGAUGGAUUAAGGUUGUAUGAAUUAGAUGAAAGUAAAAAGAUUAAACAACUUGAACAUCAACCAUCUAAUUCAAUCAAGUGUUUAUCAAUUGCAAAAUCAAGUCAAUGUCUUGGUUAUUUAGAUGAAACAAAAGUAACCUUGAUUAAUGCUGACAACCAGUCUGUAUACUCUACUAUCCCAAGUGAAUCAGCUUCACGCAUUCUUAUUUCACCAUGUGGAAAAUAUGGUUUUAUUUAUAAAUCAUUUCGAGUUGAUAAUGAAAAUCCGAAUGGUUUACCAAAUCUCUUCGUGUAUGAUUUUAUCAAAGGAAUAAAGCUUAAAGAGUAUAUUUAUAAAAAAGGUGAUGGAUGGCAACCACAGUGGAAUUCAAAUUCAUCUUUAUGUUCGAUUUUUGUCAAUGGUGAAAUUCAUAUCUAUGCAAAUAAUCAAUUUUCUGAAAAACCGUCUACAAAAUUAUCACUCAAAGGUAUUCGACACUUUUCUAUGAGCAGUUCAAUUCAACCAAAUUUUGCUGUAUAUAUACCUGGAGAUAAGAAUCAACCGUCAUUUGUUCGAGUUUAUCAUUAUGCUGAUAAUCAAUUGACACCUGUGGCGAGUAAAUCAUUCUUCCGUGCUGAUACAGUCCGACUUUUGUGGAAUGAUAAAGGAACCGAUCUGUUGGUGUUUACAUCAACAAAGUUGAGUGAUGAAAGUUAUUAUGGUGAUCAGGGUUUGUAUUAUGUCUCAGCUAGUCGGUCUGGGGAUAGUGCUGUUGUUCCAAUGCCACGUAAAGGUCCUAUCUAUCAAAUUGCCUGGCAACCAAGUGCCGCCUCAAAAAAGAAUAAAGAUAAGAAAAAGGAGGAGGAAUAUUUUGUUGUCUGUUAUGGAUUUAUGCCAGCGACGGUGACAAUAUUCAAUUUAAAUUGUGAACCAGUUCAUGAGCUUGGCACAGGAUCAUGGAAUGAAAUUCAUUUCAAUCCACAUGGGAAUUUAUUGUUAUUAGCUGGUUUAGGAAAUCUAUCUGGUGAUAUGUCUGUUUGGAAUUUUACUACACAUGAACAAUUGUCAUCGUUUAAAACAGUUGAUGUAACAAGUGUCCAAUGGUGUCCAGAUGGGGAACAUUUAAUCUUUUCAACAACAACACCAAGAUUACGUGUAAAUAAUGGCUUUGGUAUAUGGCAUUACAGUGGUAAACAGUUAUCCUAUCAACCAGUUGAACGUCGUGCUGUACCCAGACCAGCUACAAUGGAUUUACCAGCUGCUAUCGAUCAUGAAUUAUAUCAAGUAUCAAUUGUAUCUCCAGCGAAAUUCAGUCCACCUCCUGAACCAAAAAGUUAUAUGUCUGCCACAAAUUCAACUGUCAAUGCAUCAGUGAAUAAACCAGCGUCUGUCUAUGUGCCACCAUCACUUCGUAAUCGUUCUGCAGUAGCCAUUCAAGCGAUGAAAGCAUCUGCGAUAGGUGAUAGUACUAAACUGCCUGUCAAUGCUGAUAAGACUAGUAAGAAUAAGCAAAGUAAUACUGUAAAUACAAAUAAAAGUGUCAAUAAUUCAGUAGUAUCGAAAGGUAAAAACAAUAGUGAUGCUGGCAUUCAUCAAACUGCAUCAGAUCCUAAGAAUCAAAAACAAGUUAAUCAAAUAUGUAAAAAAUUGAAUCAAAUCGAAAAACUUAAAGAAGAACAAGCCUCGGGGAAAGCGUUAGCAUUCAAUCAAUUGGAAAAAAUUGCCAGUGAACAAGAACUUCGUGAUGAAUUAGCUCGGUUGUGCUUAUAAAUGAAGUAUUGGUGUUGAUACAACAUUGUGAUUGAUAUUGUAAAAUAGACUUUUUUUGUAUGAAUAACAUAAGUUGAAGUAUGACAUUGUUUCUUCUUAAUUUACGUAUCAUUUUUGAGUCGAUAAUUGAUUGAUCUUUCUCAUUCAUAUCUUACGCUUUUAAUGUGCCUUCCAUAAAUUUGAUUGUUAUGCGUGUCGUCCGAAUACCAC